AUGGGGGAGUCUAUCGACCGCGAUAAUGCCUUCGCAGGCGUCACUCCCAAAGCAAAGGAGCUCUGGAGACACGCUGAGCCUGCCUCGACGCCCAUGUGGCAGUUCCUCCAGACGGUCAACCAGAAGCACAAUCUGCAUCUCACCGGAUACCCAGACCUGUACAAGUGGUCUGUCGACAAUGUCGCCCAGUUCUGGGACGAGGUGUGGCAGUUUGUGGGCGUCGUUUCAUCCCAGCCAUAUUCACACGUCCUGCCGGCGGAUGCGCCCAUGUUCCCUCGUCCCGACUUCUUCGCCGACUCUCGCCUCAACUUUGCCGAAAACCUCCUCUUCCCUCCCACGGCCACGCCUCUUGACCCUUCUUCCACCGCCGUAAUCACCACCACCGAACUCCCUGGCGACUUGCGAUCAACCACCUGGGCUGAGCUGCGCGAGUCGGUCCGCCAAUGCGCCAAUGCGUUGCGUGCCGAAGGGUUGAAGCCUCACGACAUCGUCGCGGGUUAUGUAUCCAACCAUGUGGAAGCUGUGGUUGCGAUGCUGGCGGCUGCUUCUCUCGGCGCGAUAUGGACGGGCAUCAGCCCUGACAGCGGCGUUUCUGCCGUGUUGGACCGAUUGAGCCAGAUUGGACCUCGCAUUCUGUUCGCCGACAACGGAACAGUGUACAAUGGCAAGGAGUGGUCGAGCACAUCCAAGACGACAGACAUUGUCGCGGAGCUUAGCAAGAUGGGCCUGCAAAAGGUCAUUGUCAUCAACAACAUUAAGGGCGAUCUGGGCAUCAAGGACAUUGAGGCUCACGGCGUCGCGGCUGUUGAAUACCAAAGCUUCCUCUCCAGCGCCUCAUCAGAUGCUCUUAUAUUUGAACAGUUGCCGCCAUCACAUCCACUCUACAUCCUCUACUCCAGCGGUACCACCGGUCUCCCCAAGGCAAUCGUCCACACUGCUCUGGGAACACUUAUCCAGCACAAGAAAGAGCACAUGUUGCACUGCUCUUUGACCUCGGCUUCGAGCAUGCUCUACUACACAACCACUUCCUGGAUGAUGUGGCAUUGGAGCGUUGGAGCGCUUGCUGUCGGAGCCAAGCUGAUUCUGUACUCAGGGUCACCUUUCCGACCCAACUCAUACAUGUCCAUUCCCCGCGUGUUGUCAGAUCUCAAGGUGACACAUUUCGGCACCUCAGCAGCUUACCUCACAGCAUUGGAGGCCAAUGGAGUCUAUCCUGUUCGUGAUUCCAGCAUUGAUUUAUCUCACCUCGAAGCCAUAUACUCCACAGCGUCACCACUGCCGCCGUCCACCUUUUCUUUCGUUUACGAAGCCUUCCCGAAGACCAUUAAUCUUGCCUCUAUUACUGGCGGCACCGACAUCAUCUCUCUAUUUGGCGCUCCUUCCCCUCUAUUGCCCGUUCGAGUCGGCGAAAUCCAGUGUGCUGGCCUGGGAAUGGCCAUCAAGGCUGUCGACUCCGUCACUGGCGAGGACGUUUCUGCAGGAGAGCCUGGUGACCUGGUUUGCGUCAAGCCCUUCCCCUGCCAGCCUCUGACUUUCUUCGGCGCCAAAGGUGACGACAAGUACAAGGCUGCCUACUUUGAGCGUUUCGAGGACGUGUGCGGCGUCAAGGGCGCGGUGUGGCAUCACGGCGACUUUGUCAAGAUUCCUGACCCCAAGACGGGCGGCCUGCUCAUGUUGGGCAGAUCUGAUGGUGUCCUGAAGCCGGCUGGCGUGAGAUUCGGUUCAGCCGAGAUUUACAACAUUUUGAUCCGGUUCUUUGCGUCCGAGGUUGAGGAUGCCGUCUGUGUAGGACGCCGACGAGCAACAGACACGGACGAGACGGUUUGCCUGAUCAAGCAGAAGAUUAAGAGCGAGCUCAGCCCGCGUCACGUCCCGGGCGUGGUAGAGGAAUGCGGAGGUGGCAUCCCCAAGACGGGCAACGGCAAAAAAAUCGAAGUUGCCGUGAAGCAGAUUCUUUCGGGCAUGAGCAUCAAGACGAACGCCAGUGUCGCAAACCCCGAGGCCCUAGAGUGGUUCAAGGAAUGGGCAAAGACGUAUUAA